GUCGCACGAUCUAUUUUAGCGAUAUUCUUGUGCGCAUUUAUAGACAUCUUUUUCUCUCUAAAUCUGGUUAUAAAUCAACGACGGCAAUCAAUCGCCAAGUAAACAACAAACACAAACAAAAGUGAUGUCUUUAAUUGAAUCGCCAGGCGUGACUUUACCGGAACUAAAAUCAUAACAGAAUGACUGCGUCGUCACUAAGUAGAUAAUAGACCAACAAAAGCAGCGAGAUAUUAAACCACCGAGGAAAAUUUAGAGGAAUUUAGACACAGAGGAAAGUAUUCAGUAGACGAUGAAAAGGAACACGGGUUUGUUCUUAGUUCUAACGACCAUUUCUUGUCUACUUCUUCUACAGUAUCUUUACUAUACAAGUGUCUCUAGAAACGCACCUGAGAAUGUAGAGUCCAAGAAUAUACUUUACUGGACUAAAAUGUUCGAUCGAGCUGAUUUCUAUCUAGGCUUAGGAAGUCAAAUAUUCGAAGGGUGUGAAUUUAGUAAUUGUUACGCCACAGUUAAUAAGAGCUAUCUACCGGUAGACCAGUUCGAUGCUAUUCUGUUUCACGGGAACGAAUAUCAUUGGGAGGAUCAAGGGAAACCUGAGAGUAGAUCGCGACACCAGUACUACAUCUACUCGAAUCAGGAGUCUCCGAUUUAUAGUACGCAAGGGUUUGGUCCGGUCAAUUUUUUCAACUGGACCAUGACGUACAGGUCAGAUUCAGAUAUCAUGCGCCCAUAUGGAUAUUACCAAAAGGCGACCACUGUCUACAAAAUGCCAACCGCAGCUGAUGUGCAACAAAGGCCACACAAAAUAGUUUGGAUGGUUUCCAAUUGCAACGCUAUGAGCAACAGGAACGAUCUCUUCGAAAAACUCAACAAACACAUUCCGAUAGAUGUCUACGGAACCUGCGGAAAUAAAUCAUGCCCUAAGGAAACCUUUGACGAGUGUUACGACAGGCUAGCGACGAACUACAAAUUUUACUUAUCUUUCGAAAACUCGAUCUGUUCAGAAUACGUAACGGAGAAACUAUAUGCGGCACUGAUGAGAGACUUUGUACCUAUCGUUUAUGGGGGCGCAGAUUAUUCAAAAAUCGCACCUCCAAACUCGGUUAUAGACGUUUCUAAGUUUAGUUCUAUUAAGGAACUAGCUGAAUUUAUUAAGACUUUGGAUGAAGAUCCGAAAAAGUACCUUUCUUACUUCGAGUGGAAAAAAGAGUACAUUGUGAAAAGAGACAAUAAACUUACUCUGUGUACUUUGUGUAGGAAAUUAAAUGAACCCAUUGUACAUAAGUCUUAUACAAAUAUUAGAAAAUGGUGGAGCUAUGAGAUGUGUUUUCUCGAUUAUAAAUUACCAGAGGUAAUAUUUACGUGAAUUAUUGUUUUAUUCGGUACCUAUUGUAUUGAAAUCGAUAAUGCGAAUAUAAUAAUUGAAAUGACAUUGGGAUUGAACAAUUUUACAUUCGAAAAUGCAAAUAAUAAAUUUUAUUUUUUUUUAUACCGAGUAAUAAGAAAGUUUUGCUAAUAUUUCCCCAAUAAAGGUAAGUAGAUAAUCUAGACUUUAGUUGAAACACGUUGAAGUGUGUUAUGUACAUAUUAAGGGUUAAAAAUAAUUUACUGUCCAUCUGUUUCACCAUUUACCAUCUGUUAAUAAGAAACCUUUCCGGUCAUAUAGCUCUCUGAAUAAAAUAUAUGUCGUUGCUUAUCAUCACCUACAGCCGCCAAUUUUAAUCCAAAUCAUUUGAAAAAAUUCACAAUACUACCUGAAAACAUCUACA